AUGAAAACCCUAACCGGCCGUCGUGAAAGCCCUAAUCGCGGAGGCGGAAAGAAAGACGAUGGCUCCAGCACCGUCGUGUUGAAGCUGGACUUGAAUUGCAAAGGCUGUGCGAAGAAAGUAAAGCACUCUGUUUGUUAUUUUGAAGGGUUUGCGUCUUGUGGUGUUGUUCGUGUGAUGGAUGAUAACAAUUUGAUGGGUAAAAAUUUAGUGGAUCUUGAUUUGAACAUAGAACAUUUGGACCCACCUUUGAAUUCAGAUUCGAGAUUUGGAUCUAUGUUGAAUGAGUUGGAAACUACCCAUGGUAGGAUAGAGGAAAGGAUUAGAGAGCUUGAAGCUGUCAUUGUUCGUGCUGGGCAGCGCCAAUUGCGUAAUGCUGUUAAAAUAAGCGACUUUUCUGGUGCACAUGUGGAUAGAGGUGGCAAGAAGGAUGGCGAUGGCUCUUUGAAGGAAUCAGAGCAGUUCAAAAAGCAAUAUACUAGCAAAAGUGAGCAAAGUGAUGAUUCAGUAUCAAAAUCCCCUGUUCCACAACAAAAUAGGCCAACAAAGGAAAGCCGAAACAAGAAUUUCAUCGAAAAACUCGAGAAUCCCAUGAAACCAGAACACAAAUCCAGCAAUCUUAAUGUCCACAACCUCAACUUCUCCAACCGGAGCCAAUAUCAGGAAUCAUUCAGGUUUCAACCCAAUUGGAACAUCAGGAAAGUUGUAUGA